AUAGUUUGAAAAACUUACACCAGAUUUUAUGAAUUAGAAUAUUGUUUGGAGUAGCUGGGGAACCUCAGCUUCCUUCUUUGGUUCAAGCCAUUCCUUCUUGUAAGCUUUUCACAUCACAUUUUUGUGAUGGUUUUGGGGUGUGAGGAAGCACGCUUCAACUGUUGACAAGCGUUGACCUCCAUGGCUGUUGCAAUUAGAACAUCUCUUGUGGUAGCUGGGCUCCCAGGUUCUCAACUUGGGUGUCACAAUUUGAGGAACAGACAGCAUUCUCUUACACUGAGUUGGGAAAAACAUCUGAAGAGUGCACACAAAUGGGGUGGGAUGUGUGUUGGUGGAACCCUGAGGAUUUGGGGGGAUGAGAAUCCAUGGAAGCGGACGAAGGUAGUGAUGCAAGUCGUUGAUCACCAUCCAAUGGACGGUGAUGUUUCUCGUGGAGUGCAUAAAGAUUUGGUCGCCCUUCCAAAGCCAUUAACCAUAUCUGAUAUUGUGGGUGCUUCUGAUGCUGAUGCUAAAGUACGAAUAUCAUAUAAGGGGAGGCCAGGAUCAUACAGUGAGGAUGCUGCACUCAAAGCUUACCCCAACUGCGAAACGGUUUCAUGCAACGACUUUGAAGAAGCUUUUAAGGCUGUUGAGUUAUGGUUGGCUGACAAGGUUAUUCUUCCAAUAGAAAAUACAUCUGGGGGAAGCCUUCAUCGGAGCUAUGAUUUACUUCUGCGCCAUAGGCUUCAUAUUGUUGGUGAGGUGCAGCUGAGUACUAAUCUCUCCCUUCUAGCUCUGCCUGGUGUCAGAACAGAGUUCCUAAAACGUGUUCUAAGUCAUUCUCAGGCACUGGAAUUGAGUGAUGAUUUCUUAACUAAAUUAGGCGUUGCCAGAGAAAACGUUGAUGAUACAGCUAGUGCUGCUCAGAUUAUAGCUUCAAAGGGCCUAUAUGAUGCUGGUGCAAUUGCAAGCAUUCGAGCUGCAGAAAUCUAUGGACUUAAUGUACUUGCAGAACGAAUCCAAGAUGGUCAUGAAAUCAUCCGUCGGUAUCUCGUGCUUGCUAGGGAUCCAAUAAUCCCAAAAGCUGAUAAGCCCUUUAAGACAAGUAUUGUGUUUACGCUGAAUGAAGGUCCUGGAGUACUGUUUAAGGCUUUGGCUGUAUUUGCAUUGAGGGACAUAAAUUUAUCCAAGAUUGAAAGCCGUCCACAAAGAAAUAGGCCAUUAAGAGUUGUUGAUGACUCCAACACGGGAACUGCCAAGUAUUUCGAUUACCUUUUCUAUAUUGAUUUUGAGGCAUCCAUGACUGAGCCUCGAGCACAAACUUCUUUAGCACAUCUACAGGAAUUUGCCACAUUUCUUCGGGUGCUGGGCUGCUAUCCCAUAGAUACAACCACACUAUAGUUAUCUGCUUUUUAUUGGUGAGUUUUCAUUGAAUUCAAUCAUACUCAAGCCUGAAUUUUGGAAGAGGAUUUGGAGAUACUUUCUUGUCCAAGUAAAAUAAAAGCUCUCAGAUGGUAAAUAAUGUAAUCUAUGAUAGCAAUAGUUCAUCCUCCUGACCUUAGACAGUGCCAUUAGUCCAUCUGCUCAUCGAAGAGAUCUUCAUAAAGAAUAAAGAGGUAAAUUAGGUUUUAGCCAAAUAUGUAGUUCUCUCUCUAUUACAUUGUCAAACCUUAAAGAAUAAGGAGCAACAAGAAGAGAAAGAAUCCGCUAAUAUAUGCUGUCAAAGUGAUGUCAUCGGAAUCAAUAAGAUCAUGUUUGGUUCAUGUCUUGAACUUUUUCCCAA